AAUAUGUAAUGUCUCAACACUACAAAUAUUUCUCAAUUCUCAUCAUCUUCAUCUUCAGCUUGAGGAGGAAACUGAAUUGAAAAAAAAUAAAAAUGUCAGCUGCAUCUGCAUCUGCAUGUAUUCCCUCAUACACACUAACUGCUUCAACCAUAACAAAAUCCUUGAAAUCAAAAACACUGAUUUCCUUUCCUUCACUUUCCAGGAAAGUAACGUGCAGAGCCUCUUCUUCUUCUUCUUCUUCUUCUUCUUCUUCAAUAACAGAUUUUGACCUGUAUGAUCUUCUUGGAAUAGAUAGCUCCUCUGAUCAAUCACAGAUUAAAUUGGCUUAUAGGACACUCCAGAAAAGAUGUCAUCCGGAUAUUGCUGGUCCUACUGGUCAUGACAUGGCUAUCAUACUUAAUCAAGUUUAUUCUCUUCUCUCUGAUCCUAGUUCCCGCUUGGCUUAUGAUAAGGAGCAAUCAAAAAUUGCAGAACUGCGUGGCUACACUGGGAAGCCAAUAUACUCGGUAUGGAUUGGGUCAGAAAGUGAAGAGAGAGCAGUUUUUGUGGAUGAGGUGAAGUGUGUUGGUUGCUUAAAAUGUGCCUUAUUUGCAGACAAAACCUUUGCUAUUGAAUCAGUUUAUGGAAGGGCAAGAGUUGUUGCUCAAUGGGCUGAUCCUGAGCACAAAAUUCAAGCAGCCAUUGAUGCUUGUCCAGUUGAUUGUAUCUCCAUGGUGGAAAGAUCAGACUUAUCAGCACUAGAGUUCCUGAUGUCCAAGCAGCCACGUGGCAACGUGCGAGUCGGUGCAAGCCACACAGGGGGUGCACGUGUCUCAAAUAUAUUUGUCGAUGUGAAAAAGUUCCAAACCAGAUUUGUUGAUGCCAUGAAUAAAGCAAAUUCUGAAAGCUCCAAGGAAACAGACCUACAAAGAGAAGUUAGAAUAUCAGCUAUUCAAGCAAUCAGAUCAAUCUCAAAUUGGUUAUACUGGCAGUCGCCAAAAGCAAGUGAAUCCAAGAGACAAUCUCUCCAAAACCUUCCACAGAUUGCGCAGAAAUCAACUGAACCAAACAUCGACAAGCUCCGGCAGGCGGCUGCAGCCAGAAAGCAAGCAAACCAGAGCACAAGCCCCAUAGCAAACAUCAUAUAUCAUGAUGAGUACUGGAUUCCAUCAACUGCAGCACUUCCUGCCUCAACCAAUAAUUCUGCAAUUAGAGCCACCCCAGAGGCUCUACAUGCUAAAGACCCAAAACAUCUGAAUGAGGAAGAUUUCAGGACAAGAGAGAACCAGAGAGAUCCCUUAGAAUGGCGCAUCCCAAUGUCGACUGGAAUAAUUGCAGCAGUUAUAGUACACUCACAGGUAAGCCAACAUGCAGUUGGCGGAUUGAAUGGACAUGUAGGCGGUGCUUUGGCAUUGGAGGUUGUUAAUAGUUCUUGGUUACAAGUGACAUUAGCAGGGAUUACAUGGUACUUAUUUGGCGUGGCAACUAUACAACUAGUAGAAGCAAUUCGGAAAAGGUUUUAGGACAGGAAUAGAUGCAGAUGACUUAUUAUACUGAUAUGAUACUUAAUGUAGAUUGUAUAUAUAAAUAAAGAAAAAACCUAGUUAUCGCAA